AUGACAGAUCUCACAGUUCCAGUGGUGCAGAUUAACUUGCAUCAUAGCAAAGGCGCCUCAGCGAUUUUAGCUAGGGGCAUGGCUGUGAUGCAGACAGCAAUAGCACUUUUCAGUAAUGGAGAUAUCACGGUGAUACAAGUGAGGCUAAAUUUGGACGAAGGGACCCACAGGGAUGUAUUGAUGGGGUCAGUCUACAUGCCCUAUGACGCCAAAGACCUUCCACCACAGAGGAAAGUCAAGGAGCUGAUGAAAUAUGCGGAGGAGAGAGGGCUGGAGGUACUCCUGGAUUGCGUUGCAAACUCCCAACAUGUGGGAUGGGGAAGCACGGGCAUCAACCCGAGAGGGGAAAGCCUACAUGAAUUCGUCAUGGACAGCAAGCUAAUCAUCCUAAACAGAGGAACGGAACCCACCUUCAUGGACUGCAGAAGACGUGAGGUUAUAGACCUAACCCUGUGUACGAGGGGAGUGGCUGACCUGGUGAAAGACUGGAGAGUCUCAAACGAACCUUCGGGAUCGGAUUACAGGCAGCUACGUUUUGCGCUCGAGCACAGGGAAAAGAGGAAUUGGGGUCGCAACCCCAGAGGCACAAACUGGACGAGCUACAGGAAGGACCUUGGCACCAUUCUGAAAAAAGCCCCGUCCAGAUUUAAUACAAAACAGGAUCUAGAAGUGGCGUCGCAGUUUGUCAGCGACGCUAUCAUAGAGGCCUAUGAAGCAAACUGCCCACUAAGGCGAAAACAAGUCUCAUCCAAGGUCCUAUGA